GAAGGUUAUCGGGAUGGACUAAAUGCUGGCAGAGAAUCCACCUUACAGGAUGGUUUUAAUCAAGGCUACCAAGAAGGUGCAAAGAAAAUGCUUGCCGUUGGGCAGCUCAAAGGGAUUCUCAGUGCAGUGCUGUCAUGGUGUCAGCUAAACAGAAGCGAUCCUCAUCUCAUAACCCAAAUAAACCAGCUCCUCAGUGCUGCUGCUCAACAGGAGGAAAGCAUCUUUGGAAAACUGAGUGCAGCCCCUCCCGAAGCUAGUGUUGGUGAUAUAAUGGAAAGCAUUGAGGAAAUGGGAUUGGAUCCAGUCCUGGAGAAACCAGAGGCAGGCUGUUGUGGCAAUGUUAAAGGUGAAAACUGCUGUAACUCUCCUUAUGAGGUUAGAACAUGUGGACUGGACAAUACUGCUUCCUCGUCACAGGAGGUAUGCUGCAGGACUGUGUCAGACCCUUCUGGUGGAGCAAAAUCUCUGAAAGGACUCUGUCAGGAUUGCGCGAUACUGUUAGAAAACUGUGGACUGCCAAUGGAUAUAGCACAUCAUUUUCAGUUGCAGAGUUAGCCAGCCUGUGUUUUCCAUUAAUGGAAUGCAACAGUAUUUAAAAGCAUUUUUAAAAA